GGGCGGGAGUCCACCGUGCGCCUCCCUCCUCCACGCAGGUCCCACCUCAGCGCGAGCAGCUCGGCAGGGCUCCGGGCUCCCGGCUCCGGGCUCCAUUUUCUCGCGGAGGCCACACCUGGAACCGCGCCUUCGGGCAGGGCCGCGCGGCCGCCGCGGGGGAGGGGACCCUCGGGGCGGGGGCGCCGGGGAGGAGCGGGUGCGCGCGCGCGGGGACGCGGGGAGCCGGCGGCGCCGAGGCGUGCUGGCGGCCCGAGACGGAGGCUGCGACGCGAUGGCGCUGGGCGCGGGGGGCGCGCUGCUGCUUCUCCUGAUCUGCUUUAACUUUGGAGAUGGACUGCAUUUAGAGGUCUUACACUCAAGAAAUGAAAAUAAGCUGCUUCCUAAACAUACUCACUCAGUGAGGCAAAAGCGCUCUUGGCUCACUGCCCCUGUGGCUCUUCGGGAAGGAGAGGAUCUGUCCAGGAAGAAUCCGAUUGCCAAGAUACAUUCUGAUCUUGCAGAAGAAAAACAACUAAAAAUUACAUACAAAUACACUGGAAAAGGGAUCACAGAGCCACCUUUUGGUGUGUUUGUCUUUAAUAAAGACACCGGAGAAUUGAACGUUACCACCAUUCUAGAUCGAGAAGAAACACCAUUUUUUCUGCUAAUUGGUCAUGGUUUGGAUGAGAAAGGAAACAACUUAGAGAAACCAAUAGAACUCCGAAUUAAAGUUCUUGACAUCAAUGACAAUGAGCCAGUGUUCACACAGGACGUCUUUGUUGGGUCUGUUGAAGAGCUGAGUGCAGCAAAUACACUCGUGAUGAAAAUCACCGCAACAGAUGCAGAUGAGCCCAACACUCCGAAUUCUAAAAUUUCCUAUAGACUCGUAUCUCAGAAGCCUGCUAAUUCUCCAUUGUUUUACCUAAAUAAAGAUACAGGAGAGGUUUAUACAACCAGUAUUACCUUGGACAGAGAGGAACACAGCAGCUAUACUUUGACGGUAGAAGCAAGAGAUGGCAAUGGACAAGUAACAGAUAAACCAGGAAAACAAGCUCAAGUUCAGAUUCGUAUUUUGGACGUCAAUGACAAUAUACCUGUAGUCGAAAAUAAAGUGUAUGAAGGAACAGUUGAAGAAAACAAAGCCAAUGUAGAAGUUUUACGCAUAAAAGUGUUCGAUGCAGAUGAAGUAGGCUCCGAUAAUUGGUUAGCCAAUUUUACUUUUGCAUCAGGAAAUGAAGGGGGUUAUUUCCACAUAGAAACUGAUACUCAAACUAAUGAAGGAAUCGUGACCCUUAUUAAGGAAGUAGAUUAUGAAGAAAUGAAGAAUCUUGACUUCAGCAUUUUUGUCACUAACAAAGCAGCUUUUCACAAAUCAGUUAAGAAUAAAUAUAAGCCUACAUCCAUUCCGAUCAAAGUCAAAGUGAAAAAUGUGAAAGAAGGCAUUUAUUUUAAAAGCAGCAUAAUCCGAUUUCACACUAGUGAGAGCAUGGAAAAAUCAAGCCAAAGCCAAAUAAUGGGAAAAUUUCAAGCUUUUGACGGCGACACUGGACAAGUAGCCCGUGUAAAAUAUGCCAAAUUUGAAGAUAUAGACAAUUGGAUCUCUGUGAAUUCUGCCACCUCUGAAAUUAGACUUGUAAAAAUUCCUGAUUAUGAAUCCAGAUAUGUCCAAAAUGGUACAUACACUGCGAAGAUUUUGGCUAUGACAGAAGAAUAUCCUAGAAAAACCAUCACUGGCACUAUUACUAUCAUGGUUGAAGACAUCAAUGACAAUUGUCCCACACUGGUCGACGCUGUGCAGACGGUCUGUGAUGACGUGCAAUAUGUGAACGUGACCGCAGAGGACCUGGACGGACCCCAAAACAGCUGGCCUUUCAGUUUCUCUGUCAUUGACAAACCAGCUGGAAUGGCAGAAAGGUGGAAAAUAGUAAGCCGAGAAAGUACCAGCGUGCUACUGCAACAAAAGGAACCAACGCUUGGGAGGAGUGACAUUCGCUUGCUGAUUGCAGAUAGUAAAGGCUUCAGCUGCCCUGAAAAGCAGGUCCUUAAACUCACAGUCUGCAAGUGUGUGGAAGGCGGUAGCUGUGUAGAAAUGUGGUAUGACUCCUCCGUUGGCCUCGGGCCUGCAGCAAUCGCGCUUAUAAUGUUUGCCCUUCUGCUCUUGCUGCUUGUACCACUUCUACUACUGAUGUGCCAUUGUGGGAAGGGUGCCAAACACUUUACCCCCAUCCCUGGUACCAUAGAGAUGCUGCAUCCUUGGAACAACGAAGGGGCACCACCUGAAGACAAGGCAGUGGUGCCUCUUCUAGGGGCAGACCACAGAGACAGUGCAGCUGUAGGCGGUGGGACAGGAGCUGUGACAACCAAGGAUGCUACCGUGAAAGGAAGCAGCUCCGCUUCCUUUAUCAAAGGGCAGCAUGAGAUGUCCGAGGUGGACGGCCGAUGGGAAGAAUACAGAAGCCUCGUCUCAGGGGGGGCCACCCAGGUUACAGGGACAACAGGAGCCUUGAUGACCAUGGAAACCCUUCGGACCACGAGAGCCGCAGCGGCUUCUAGAGAAGUGGCCGGAGCUCGAGCAGCUGCGGUGGCAGUGAACGAGGAAUUCUUAAGAAGUUAUUUCACUGAAAAAGCUGCCUCUUAUACCGAGGAAGAUGACAUUCACGCAGCCAAAGAUUGCCUUCUGGUUUACUCUCAGGAAGAAACGGACUCUCUCCAGGGUUCCAUUGGCUGUUGCAGUUUUAUUGAAGGAGAGCUAGAUGACAGCUUCUUAGAUGACUUAGGAUUGAAAUUCAAGACACUCGCUGAAGUUUGCUUGGGUCAAAAUAUAGAGAUGGAUAUGGAAAUCGAGCAGAGGCCAAAACCUGUGAGAGAAACAGACAUGAAGGCAGCUUCACAUUCAUUCUAUGAGCAAACCAGGGUUAAUUCCGAGAAUACUUAUCCCUCUGGUAGCAGCUUUCAAGUUCCAAAACCUUUGCAUGAAGCAAACACAGAGAAAGUCACUCAGGAAAUAAUCACUGAAAAAUCCGUGUCUUCUAGGCAGGCUCAAAAGGUAGCUGCACCACUUUCAGAUCCAUUGGCUUCUGGUAACGUGAUAGUGACAGAAACUUCCUAUGCCACAGGCUCCACGGUGCCACUGAGCAGUGUGGUCCUGGACCCCAGACGGUCCGAAGGCCUGAUGGUGACGGAGCGGGUCUAUGCCCCGGCGUCCCCCUUAGGAGAGCAGCAGUACGCUAGUGAGGGUAGCAUCGUGGUUACCGAGAGAGUCAUCCAGCCUCACGGGGGCUCACCCGGCCCCCUGGAGGGCACCCCGCACUUGCCCGAUGCACACUAUGUUAUGGUGCGGGAAAGAGAGCGCUUCCUCGCCCCCAGCUCCAGUGUGCAGCCCCCUCUGGCCGCGCGCAGUGUAGCCGUAGGACAGAACGUGACAGUGACGGAAAGAGUGCUGACACCAGCUUCCACUCUGCAAUCUAAUUACCAGAUUCCUGCCGAAACCUCUGUAAUGGCCAAAAAGACUGUGGUUUCUGGAGCUGGAGUCCCGGGCCCUGUGCCAGACUCGGGCUUCGAGGAGUCUGGUCAUUCUAAUUAUACGAUAACCACAUCUUCCACCAGGGUCUCCAAGCCUGGCACAGUCCAGCAGUCCUUCUCCUAACCACACACUGCCCCAGAGUUUAGCUAGCAGUGACUCAUUUCAUGUUUUCAAAGGACCUGGCUUUUCAUGAGCCUUACAGAUGUAAGAGGCACAUAUACCUUGGGCUGCAAAUUUUUCUCAGUCACUAAUAUGCAGAGAACCUCACUGUCAGCUUCUAGGAGUGCAAUUCAGAAAUGCCCCAGGGCUUACUGAGGGGGCACGAUGAUGAUGCUGUGACUUAGGUGCCUUUGAGUGACUUAUGGCCGAACAAUACUCACAGUACUCACAGUACUCACAGUACUCACAAAGCAAGUUAAAUAGAGAGUAAUUCUGGUUUCUAAGAAUUUUAUCAAAUUAACAAAAUGUCCAGUUCAUGAGCCAUCCGUUAGAGCCCCCCAUGAAACUGAGUGGGCCUCUUUGCCUACCAUGUUAACAUUUAACAUUGCUGUUCUGUAUUCCAUACGUUCCUGCACCUAGAAGAUUAUCAACAACUUACUUAUCCAAAGAUACAUGCACAGUUUGAGUGACCGGUUUGGCUUGUUUGAUUUCCUUAAAACUAGAGGCCCUUCAGUCCACGUAAGGUUAAUUGAAUUUUGCAACACUGACACGGUAAGAACACACAUUGUGUGUUUCUGUGCACGUAACUGUGUGUGUGUGUGUGCAUUGGACUCUGAGUAUGUGUGUGUGCGUGUGUUGUAUGACCUCAAAAAUAGCAUUAUACCUUCCCUUUGUCACUCAAUAAUCAUGAAAAUAUUAAAUACUUCAAAUUCAGUAGAAUAAUUCAGGGCGAAAUUCAUAAAUAUAAAAUCACUUUAUUUUUUAUAGGAAUAAUAUACUAUUAAAAAACUCAGGAUACAUUAUCUUCUAAUUUAGUACAUCUAAAUUAACUAUAUACACGGUGGUAAGAACCCUUUUCACUGCUAUAAAUCCUCAGUGCCUACCAUGGGUGCCAAAUCAAUAUUUGUAGAAUUAAACUGAAUUUUAGAAGCUACUCUUUUAUCUAUACUUGCAAAAAAUACUGAAAGACCCUAUAAUUUCUAUAAUUAUGAGUUUGAAAUUAUGAUUUAUUCCAUAUCUCAAAGUCAUUGACUAGCUGGUCAUGACUUACUACAUGGAAUAUUAAAUAUUGUAUAGCUGACCUGAAUUUGUACAUCAUGCCUUUCUUUCUGAAAAGUGAUUUGGGUGUUUUGGCCAAAUAAAUAGAGUAUUUUUAUUGCUCCCUGAAGAAAUGAUCCACUUCAGGUUUCAAAGUAUAAGUGCAUAUCAGUAAUCAAUUAUAUAAAUAUCCUCCACAACAAAAUAAUUUCCAUAAAUUUUGAAGGCUGUGAUUUCAUGAAUUUUUAAUAUAUUUACUAGGAAAAUGAAUCUCUAAAAAUUCAUUUUGUGGCACACUUCUAAAAAUGUGUUAUGCAAAAGGUUUAUACUUUUUUACUCCCACUGAUGUGUAUGAAUAAAAGGCAAAUAUUUUUAGACACCAUAAGCCUGUGGCCAAAAUGAAGGUCACUGCUCCAUGCUAUAAAUUUUUUAUUCUCUACGUACUAGUUGUUUUUGCUUUUUUUUUCAUUAUAGACUUAGUAGUUAUUUUUUGCCAAGUCUGCAACAAGAAUAUCACUACUGUGUGAAAAUGUGAAUGUGAUCUAUGUACUCCAAACAAAACUUGGUCUUAAGUUUCCUCCUCAGACAGGCUUAAAAAACCUAACAUGUCUCCUAUAUAUAAAGUCACCACAUUUUCUAAAUGAUUUUCUUUGUUCCUGAAAGGGUGAUUUGUAUUAGUUUUUACAUUUGUCCUACAGGAGAAACGUUGUAUUUGUAUGUGUAUCAUCAAAAUAUUUAAAUAAAAAGGCGACCUUCUCUGCA